GCAAAAAAGUUUUAGGGCCAGAUAGUGGAAUAGCGUCCCUUCUAGUAUAAGUUCCUCCCAAGUUUGGAGCUUCUAACUUCCCUGCUUCCAGAGCCUUGCUUUGAUUGAUAGACUGGAUGAGUCAGUAUAUUCCGGAAGGAUUGACAACGCUAAGAAGAGAGCGAAAGUGGAAAAAGAAGCGAAGAAUUUGAUUGAGAAGGCUCAUUCUAAUCCCUCGGAUAAUGCUGAUUUGAGCCUGUAUGAGCGUACUAUGGAUGUUCUAAGGGAUUCUGCCAUUGGCUUGCAUCGCGAAUAUUUCAAUUAUGAAGAGACUGUGGAUGCAAGGGAUAUCUUGGCUCAGGUAAGCUACAAGCAUUUUACCGCCAAGUCAUUUUGCUCUAAAAGUGCUGCCACCAAUAAAAUAAAAACUUCAUAG